AUGUUUCUUUAUAAGUGGUUCGACCAGAUGACGACAAAAAGAAUUUUUUUUCUUUUCUUUUUCUUUUUGAUGCUUGAAUUCUUAACUUUUUUCUUUUCAACUUUUCUUUUUCAUCUUCAUGCUUUCCUUCUCUCUCCUUUUUUGAAAUUCUUUUGUUUCCUUUUCUUAACUAACUUUCUUUCUCCCUCAUCAUUCUUCCUUCGUUUUUUUUUGUUUUUUUUUUUGUUCUUUUUACUGCUUUCUUCUCUUCUUUUUCAUCUUUACCAUUUCUCUUCACUUCUUCUUUGGGUUCACACUUUCUUCGUUUCUUUUCUUUUCUCUUCUUUCGUAAUUUCCUUUUUUCGAAUCUUUUUUUUUUUUUACUUCUUUCUUUCUCUUCUUUCUUAUCCACAUUCUUUUUCUUUCCCCUUUUGUUUAAUUCUUCCUUCAUUUUUUUUCAUUCUCUGUUCUUUCCUAAUUUUCGUCGUCUUUCAAAAAAAAAUUUCCUGCUUCCUUUCUCUUCCUCUUUUUCUUAUUCACCCCCGAACUUUCUUUUUUCUAAUCUCUUCUUUCAUUAUUUCUUUUUUCUUCUCAAAUUCGUUGUUUUUCUUUUACUGCUCUCUUUCUCCUCUUCACUUUCUCUCUUUCUUUCUUUCUUUCUUUCUCCUUUCGCUUCAUUCUUUCUUCAAUUCUUUUCUUUCUCUCUUCUCUUUUAUCAAAUUAUUUGUUUUCCUUUUACUGCUUCCUUUCUCCUUCUGCUUUUUCAACCCUCCAUCUUGUUUAUUCUCUCUUCUUCCUCCAUCUUCCGGUUAUAUUGAUCCUUCUUUUGUUCUUUCUUCUCGAAUUACUUUUCUACAUCAUCCUUCCUCGUUCGUAUUUCUAUCUCUUCAGCAAGAACUGGGUUUUCUCUUUCCUCAUCUUCCCUGCGCAACAUUUUACAUUUCGAUGGUGACUCACUGUUCUCACUUUCCUACUCGCUGCCAUUAUUUUUUUUUUGAUUUUCACUCAUUAUUCAUUUCCUUCUUUUUUUCAUUAUUCUCGUUCGCUCUUCUUGCCUUCUACGACUUAUUUUAUUCCCCUUUCUUCUAUUUUCUCUUUUUGAUAUUCUCUCUUUCAUUUAUUCAUUCACUCAUUCCUUCUCUUUCACUUUGA